AUGGGGAAGCGAGAGGGGCGGGUUCUGCUCCUUCCAAAGGACGGAAACGGCGGCCAAUUGGGCGUCUUCGUUGCAGGCCCCCAGCCAAUGGACGGUGGCAGCGCUAACCCGGUUCCACCAAUAGAGACAGCAGAUGAGCGUGGGCGGCUGCUUCCUGGAGACCGCAGGUAUAGAAGGGAGAGCUGCGCCCCUCGCCGAUCGGCUUCUGAAGCUCGCAGGAUGAAUGUGGGAGUAGCACACAGCGAAGUAAACCCCAACACCCGAGUGAUGAAUAGCCGGGGCAUCUGGCUGGCCUACAUCAUCUUGGUAGGACUGCUGCAUGUGGUGCUACUCAGCAUCCCCUUCUUCAGCAUUCCUGUUGUCUGGACCCUGACCAACGUCAUCCAUAACUUGGCCAUGUAUGUCUUCCUACAUACAGUGAAAGGGACACCCUUUGAGACCCCUGACCAAGGAAAGGCUCGGCUACUGACACACUGGGAACAGAUGGACUACGGGCUCCAGUUCACCUCUUCCCGAAAAUUCCUCAGCAUCUCUCCUAUUAUACUCUACCUCCUAGCCAGCUUCUACACCAAGUAUGACGCUGCUCACUUCCUCAUCAACACAGCCUCCUUGCUCAGCGUACUGCUGCCUAAAUUGCCCCAAUUCCAUGGGGUUCGUCUCUUUGGCAUCAAUAAAUACUGA